AUGUCCACAAAAUAUUUAAUAAUAUUAUUAAUUUUAACAAUUUCCAAAAUUUCCGGAUUUAAUGAAAUUGAACAAAAAUCAAUAGAAAAUUAUCAUAAUUACAUAAGAAUUAAAGCUAAAUUAUUUGGAGCAGAACCAAAGUCACCACUGAAUCAAGUUAAAUGGUCAAAUGAUAUUGCAAAUAAAGUUCAAACAUUUGUUAGUCAAUGUAAUUUAGGAGUACCACAAAAUAUUGAAGGAACUGGUUUUGCAUUGUUUAAAGUGAUGGGAAAAGAGUUUGAUCCAGUUGACAUUUUAAAUAGAACUUUUGAAAGAUCAGCACCACUAUACGAUUGGAGUACUGGUAAUUGUAAACCUGAUCAAUGCUGCGACACUUAUCAAACUAUGAUAUGGAAUACUUCAACUUCUGUUGGUUGUGCAAGUUCAUACUGUUCAAGUGGUAGUUAUAAUUUCUUUGUCUGUGGAUAUUAUCCAAUUGGUAAUUUUGCAGGUAUUAAGCCAUAUACACCAAAAGUGCAAUCACAACUCACCGAAAAUGGCAGCGGCGGCGGCGACACUAAAUUAGAACCAUCAGUAAAACCAAUUUCAAUUAAUGUUUCAUCUCGAUUUAUUUUACCAACAAGUUCAACUGGCGAUGUUGAUUGGAAAUCAUUAGGAUUUGUAACAUCAAUUAAAAAUCAAGGUCAGUGUGGUGGUUGUUACUCAUUUGCAACAUGUGCAGCAUUGGAAAGUGCUUAUUUAAUUAAAAAUAAUCUUCCAAAUACUGAUAUUGAUUUAUCAGAGCAAAACUUUGUUAGUUGUGUAAAUUAUGGUUGUGGUGGUGGAAAUGGUCAAUCAUGUUUAGAUAAAUUAAAAUCCACUGGUAUUAUGUAUGAAACUAGUUAUCCAUAUAAAGCUGUUACUGGAAGUUGUCCAAAUGUAAUUCAAAGUCCACAACCAUUUAAAUGGACAGGUUAUUCAAAUAUUCAAGGUAAUAAAGAAGCAUUUUUAAAUGCAUUAAAAUCAGGUCCAAUCUAUGCAUCAUUAUAUGUGGAUAGUGGUUUCCAACUUUAUAAAUCUGGAAUUUAUUCAUGUUCUCAAUCUUCAACACCCAAUCAUGCAAUUACAAUCGUUGGUUACUCAAGUGCUGAUAAUUCCUAUUUAAUUAAAAAUAGUUGGGGUACAAUUUAUGGAGAAUCCGGUUAUAUUCGUUUAAAAGAAGGUUCAUGUAAUUUAUAUUCUUUUACUGGUAUAACUACACAAGUUUAA